GGUGCCGGCGGCGCGGGAGGCUCCCGGUGGGCGGCCGAGCGGUCCCCUCCCUCCGCGGCGCUGCUGGAGAUGCGUGUCGACCGCCGGCGGUGACUCCGCGGGGCAGAGCCGGGCAACUCUCUUUCCCCGCCGUCUAUGUGACGGACCUCGCCGCUCGGGAAUACGUCGCCUUGUUUCGGGCGCGCUGCGGGGAGGAUCACUUGCUUGAUGAGCUGCAGCUGAAAUAUUUAACUCUUCACACUUAUGCCAUUGGAGAUGGAGCCCAAAGCCAAUAAUCUUGUUUUCGGAUGUCAGCGAAGCUCAACAUCUGACGAUGACUCUGGCUGUGCCUUGGAAGAGUAUGCCUGGGUCCCCCCGGGCCUCAGACCAGAGCAGGUCCAGCUGUACUUUGCCUGCUUGCCAGAGGAGAAGGUCCCUUACGUGAACAGCCCUGGAGAGAAGCACCGAAUUAAGCAACUUCUGUAUCAGCUGCCACCCCAUGAUAAUGAGGUGAGAUACUGCCAGUCUUUAAGUGAAGAGGAAAAGAAGGAGCUGCAGAUGUUCAGUUCUCAGCGGAAAAAGGAGGCCCUUGGCCGAGGCACUAUCAAGCUGCUCUCCAGAGCAGUGAUGCACGCUGUUUGUGAACAGUGUGGUACAAAAGUGAAUGGUGGUGAAGUUGCAGUCUUUGCCUCGAGAGCUGGGCCUGGUGUGUGCUGGCAUCCCUCCUGUUUCGUGUGCUUCACCUGUAACGAGCUCCUCGUUGACCUUAUUUACUUCUACCAAGACGGAAAGAUUCACUGUGGCAGACACCACGCUGAACUCCUCAAACCCCGAUGCUCAGCCUGUGAUGAGAUCAUUUUUGCUGAUGAGUGUACGGAAGCCGAGGGUCGCCACUGGCACAUGAAGCACUUCUGUUGCCUUGAGUGUGAAACAAUCCUGGGUGGACAGAGAUACAUCAUGAAGGAUGGGCGGCCCUUCUGCUGCAACUGCUUUGAAUCUCUCUAUGCGGAAUACUGUGAGACCUGUGGGGAACACAUCGGUGUUGACCACGCUCAGAUGACCUACGAUGGACAGCACUGGCACGCCACAGAGACUUGCUUUUCCUGUGCUCAGUGCAAGACCUCUUUGCUUGGCUGCCCUUUCCUUCCAAAGCAAGGGCAGAUUUACUGUUCCAAAACAUGCAGCUUGGGAGAGGACGUUCACGCCUCCGACUCAUCCGACUCGGCGUUUCAGUCGGCGCGGUCGCGGGACUCCCGGCGGAGCGUGCGCAUGGGCAAGAGCAGCCGCUCUGCCGACCAGUGCCGCCAGUCCCUCCUCCUCUCGCCCGCACUCAACUACAAGUUCCCCGGCCUCUCCGACAAUGCAGAUGACACCCUGUCUCGGAAGCUGGAUGACUUGAGCCUUUCCAGGGAAGAGACGAGCUUUGUUAACGAAGACUUCUGGAAAGGAAGAGUAGAGCAAGAAAUGCCCGAAGACCCUGAAGAGUGGGCCGAGCACGAGGACUACAUGACUCAACUCCUUCUGAAGUUUGGUGAUAAAAGCCUCUUCCAGCAGCCCGCUGAGGUGGACAUUAGAUCGAGCGAACACUGGAUUUCUGACAGCAUGGUCAAGAGCAAGUUGGACUUGAAAAAAAAUAAUCCAAGCCUAGCAAGUAAGAAGUAUCAGUCGGACAUGUACUGGGCCCAGUCGCAAGACGGCCUGGGUGACUCUGCAUAUGGCAGCCACCCAGGACCUGCCAGCAGCAGGAAGAUCCAGGAGCUAGACAUGGAGCACGGGGCCUCGGGAUACAAACAUGACCAAACUCCAUGGUAUGGGGGCUCACUCGAGUGUUUGUCUGACCUCAAACAGCAAGAACAAAGUGUUCGGGACUCAAUGGAUUCUUUGGCUUUGUCCAACAUAACAGGGGCUUCAAUGGAUGGAGAAGGCAAGCCACGGACAUCUCUCUACUCUUUGCAAACUUUCCAAGAACUGGAGGUGGAGGACUGCGAGAAGAUGAGCAACAUGGGAACCCUGAAUUCUUCAAUGCUCCACCGGAGCACAGAGUCCUUGAAGAGUCUGAGCUCAGAGUUAUGCCAGGAAAAGGUGUUGCCGGAGGAAAAGCCAGCACACGUGCCUGUACUGAGAAGAUCCAAAUCCCAGUCUCGACCGCAGCAAGUGAAGUUUUCAGAUGAUGUUAUUGACAAUGGAAGCUAUGAGAACAUUGAAAUACGUCAGCCUCCCAUGAGCGAGAGGACUCGUAGGCGCGUUUACCACUUCGAAGAGCGUGGGAAUCGGCCUCCUCAUCAUCAUCGCAGAAGAAGCAGGAAGUCUCGCUCAGAUAAUGCACUUAACUUGGCCGCAGAAAGGAGAUGCUCUCCAAGAGAGAGGUUUCGUUAUUACUCCCCUCAGGAUCAUGAAAAGUUUAUUCAAAACAGGAGCUCCCGUGAGAUUCGGGCGUACACUCAGAACGCAGAGCUGUACGGGCAGUAUGCCCACUCUCGGUCCGAUUACGCGCUGCGGAAUCAGGUGGUUGAUAAAUUCUUUGGAUUGUACGGUGAGGAAGAUGACUCCUGGUGUUCAACUUCAUCCUCAUCAUCCGAUUCUGAAGAGGAAGGGUAUUUUCUAGGACAGCCAAUACCACAGCCACGCUCGCUGAGAUACCCGUACUAUACAGAUGACCUUUCUGGUCCAACCACUGCGUUAUCUAGUUCUCAGUUUGGACAAAGGACAACCAAAUCAAAGAAGAAGAGGGGGCACAAAGGAAAAAACUGCAUCAUUUCUUAAUUUAACAGUUGGGAAGACCAGUCGACUCUGUAGCUACAGUUUGAACCACACGUUUUUUUAAUGAAUAAUUGUACUUAGGCAAGUUGCUAAGGCUCUUAAUGCUUUGCCAGUGUAAAUGGUAACCCUGCCAGAGUUUACAUUGUACAAGUAACGUUCAGAGACGCCUCCGUGGCAAAUGCUGCCCUGCUCAGAUAUUGCUAGGUUUAGUGCUGUUCCAGCUGUCACAAUACUGUUACUGCAGUUUUCCAUUCAGGCAUGUUGUAGAUGUUUUACUUUAUACUCACUAUUCACCUGUGUUCAACUACCUGAGAGGGGGAUUCAACAAGGAUGAAUAAAUAUAGUGUCAGUCCUGUGCUGUGGCUCUGCCUACACAGGGUCAUCCUUGACUUUCUCCUCUUAAUGCCAGGAAAAAGAAAGCUCUUUACCGUGCCCUUUCUUCACUGGUAAAGCUUAGUCUUCCUCUUUCAAGUUUCCUUACAAAAACUGGAAUGUUCUUCAUUUGGAAAAAUGCUCCUUUUCCAAAGAGUCCAUUAUUUAAGGAGGCAAAAAUCAGAAUGUAGAAGCUGAAAUGCUUGAGGCCUUAGUGUAUCCUAAAGAGCAGUAAAUGAUCUUUUACAUAUAACUUCCACAUCUUUCCCUCCCUCCACACUGUUUUAAGAAUUCCGUCCCUCUGUAAGGGUGUUUCUUGGUUGGGGGGUGGGGGGGUGGUUGUUGUUGUUGUUGCUGCCUGUUUAAAGGAAGAUAUUAAUCCCGCUGCUGUGGAAUUGGACUGAGCUACCACUGAGCAGUGGGAGAGGGAGGUACAACCACGGGAGCCCUUUGCUUGGGCACGUAACCUGUUCAAGUCAAUGAAUCUACUUGCGUAACAAAUACUUUCGUAAGGGCUUAAAGGAUUAGGCUCCAGAAUCGUGUCUCUUCAAAUGCAUUAUCCAGGUUUAAAAAUGUAUUAGCUGCAAUUCUAAAUCAAAAAACAUUGAUAUUUAUAAUGUAGUAUUUCAUAGGCUUAAAUGUAUUCAUAAUUUAACAGUGCAAAUACUAAUGUACAUAUUGUACAGUUUAAAGUUUUAAAAGCUGAAUAUUUUUAUAUCCCUGAAUUUGAAGAAGUUUGUAACGAUAUCAAACUAGAUUUGUUAGGGGUUUAACAGCAGCAUUAUGGAUGAAAUAUUGCUUGUAUUUUAGUCAGGGGGUUUAAGUUGAGAAAUAACUGAAAAAAUGUUUAGUGCAAAACAGCUUAAUUUUGUCUACUAGGUAUUCAAAGCUCUGUAUGCAUGGUGGGGCUAUGUAAAUAACUCUCUAAACUAUGGCCCUCUUAAUCUUGCAAGUGUUAUUUAUGGGUCAAGCAAAAUGUAAACUAUAUAAAUGUAAAAACCACACAAGCCUGGAAUAUAUCAGUACAACAAA